CAGAACGCUGGGCAUCGUCAUAAGCCUCGGCAUGAAUGCCACGACGUGCUCCCUUUCAUCGGCUGGUUCGGUCACACCUCAGAGCGAGCUAAGUCUGAUGCUGGCCUUGGUCAACCUGAUAACGCACGUGCCCUUCGACAGCCUCCCAGUGCUCCGAGAUUAUGAGCUCAGCCAUCUGCGGCAGCAAUACGACUAUGUCAUUGUGGGCGGUGGAUCUGCGGGCUGCGUAAUCGCGAACCGGCUAUCGGCGGACCCAAGUGCCAUGGUGCUGCUUCUGGAAGCUGGAGGACUGGAGACCGCCUCGCGGCAAAUCCCGCUAGUGGCGCCCUUCAACAUUAGAGGCCACGAUGAUUGGGAUUACUGGAGCACGCCACAGAAGAACGGUGUCCUCGCUUACCGAGACCAGCGACUCUCCAUCUCACGGGGCAAGGUCCUCGGCGGCAGCAGCGUUAUAAACUACAUGUACUACACGAGGGGCCAUCCGCGCGACUUCGAUCGGUGGGCGAACAAAUACGGAGCGAAGGGCUGGGCCUACGAGGACGUCCUGCCACACUUCAAGGCCAUCGAGGACUACCAUGCGGACACGCCAGACGAGUACCACGGAACGGGCGGCGAAGUACCAGUGAGCUACGCCAACGCGAGCUCACGGCUCAGCCAUCUGCUCCUGGAAGCGUGCUUGCAGUCGGGAUUUCCUGUCGUCGACUACAAUGGUGCCGCGGAGCUUGGAUGCUCUCGCCUGCAGACGAACGUGGCGAACGGUGAGCGCUUCAGCGCGAGCAAGGCCUUCAUACAGCCCGUCGUUGGGACACGGAAAAAUUUGCACGUCGCCCUGUUCAGCCAUGCCACGAAGGUGAAUUUCGAAGGAAAUCACGCCGUGGGCGUAGCGUUCACAAGGUUCGGCCAACCAUACAACGUGUCAGCACGAAAAGAGGUGAUUCUCUCAGCAGGAACGGUAGGAUCCGCUCAACUGUUGCUUCUCUCCGGCGUGGGUCCCCGAGAAGAUUUGGAGCGCCUGCAGAUACCAGUGAUCGCAGACCUUCCAGUUGGGCGCAACCUGCAGGACCAUGUAGGUGUAAUGGUGGGCCUGCCUGUCAGCACGGAUGUAGCUGCUGCAAUACCACCAUUUGGCCUGGAAGACAUAGCGCAGUACUCUGACAACAGAACUGGCAUCAUAUCAAUACCCUCGAGCUCCGAGUUCCUUCAGUUCCUGCAGAGCGACUUUGCAACGGAGGACGACAGUCCUGACGUGGAAAUGGCAGUACUUUCAGCACCGUCAGCCAGUCAAGCACUAAAGUCAUUGUUCGAGCGCAUGGGCCUGCUACCAGAGGCCUUUGACAGCUUCAUUGGGCCAACGAACGGUCAGCCAGGAUUUCGGCUGGCGCCUGUUAUAAACCGACCAAAAUCCCGAGGCUCAAUUUAUUUGAAGUCCACAGAUCCCUACGACCAUCCAGCUAUCGACCCACGCAUCUUAGAACAUCCGGACGAUAUCAAAGCUGUCGCUCAAGGCACAAAGAUGUUCAUCGACAGGAUUUUGAACACAGAUGCUAUGAAGAGUAUCGGCGCCAGGAUGUGGAACGUCACUUUCCCUCCGUGUGCUGGUGCUGGAGCCCUCUGGAGUCAGGCGUACAUUGAAUGCGUGUUCCGGCACUUCGGCCAAACGGUGUGGCAUCUGUGCUGCAGUGUAGCCAUGGGCACACACACUGAGGCGGUCCUGGACGAUCGCCUACGGGUCCGUGGCAACGUGACCGGUCUGCGCGUGGCCGAUGCUUCCAUUAUGCCCGACAUUGUGAGUGGCCACACAAACGCGCCGAGCAUGAUGAUCGGGAGCAAGGCGGCAGCCAUGAUCAUAGAGGACAACGCACUUUCCCGUUGAGGCGAUGAAUCCGGCCUUAAAGUAGCCGUGAAAAUCGCUGCAGAACGAAGUUCAGCUUGGACGCUGAAACAUUGUCGAAAUCAGUGCACUGAUAUGAUCUGAUGAGCAAGCCGACGACCACGAUGCGUACAACAACGUCUUGUGAGAAUAAAGUAUCCACUUCUUACAGAACGUGU